AUGGAAUUAAGGAUGAAGCGGGAGAGAUCGCCGUCACAUAAUAAUAAAGAAACCCUUAAAGCUGCAAAAAAUCCAAAACUUAUAAUUCAGCCACGGGCGCCGGCAGUUGAGCAGACUACAAAUAUUCUUAGAAGAGAUCUCUGAUCAGAAGUCAUCAAGUUUCUUGACUUUCAUACGUAUUUUACUAUAAUUCCGCUUGUUAAUACUUUUUUUUAUCAAUUAAGUAAAGACAGUGUUGUUACACUUGAGCAUUUGGAAAUUGAAAUUGAGCUGAGAAAAGCAAGGGUGAAGAAAAAGCAUGACUGCAAAAAGGAAAACAAAUAUUUAAAACCUUAUGUCAAUUUAUUGCAAAAAGCUAGAAACCUGGACAAGCUGAGGCUUUAUAUAAGAAAUUCUGAUUAUCGGCCAUCGAUUAGAUGUGCGAACCAAUAUAACAGUAUUUUAUCAGGAAUUUUCCCCAAAAUGCCUUGAACGCAAAAUCUGAAAGUUCUAGAUUUUUCUAUGAAAAAUUACAAUAAUGUUUUAUUUAAAGAAGUCCUUAAUUAUUUAUCAUCUCUAGAAGUGCUCAAAUUGACCUUUUCUGCCCCUUUUCCUACAGCAUUGUCAUAUAUUUUUUGCCGAUUUGUGGAUCCAGAAGGCUUAAAGCUUAAAGCGCAAGCCAGCAAUAUCAUUUUUUGGAACCGUUACAAUGAAAAAAUAUGUCAUCCUAAUAGUGUCCCUUUUACUCCUCUAAAAGAGCUGACUUUAAAAUAUUAUUUUUCUUAUAGUGCCAGCAUAGCGGAAAACAAUAUUUUUGAAGCUUUAGACAAAAAUCUAUCAUUGACAAAAUUUACCUUGAUUUUUCCAUCAACAGUAAAUAUUGAUAAUUCUUUGCAGCCCAAGUUUGCUUAUAACCAGACAAUGCGGAAAUUAAGGCUUUCUAAUGCUUUUCAGUUUUCAUAUGAGUCAGCCAAAGAUUUUUCAUUUUAUUUAUUAGGGAAUAAAGCACUAAAAUCGCUAUCUAUAAGCAAAUCAGUCCUCAAAGCAAAAGAUGAAUUUUUCACAGCUGUAAGGAACAAUAAAAUAUUAAAAAAGCUAGGGCUUGAGCCAUAUGAAGAAACGUCAGACUCAAGCUUAGAUAUAAACACUUUUGUAGAACUGAUGGACGCAGUUGGAGAUUCCACUUUGACUUCAUUUAAAGCGUCGACCUCUGCGUUCAUUCGAAGAAACCUAAAUUUUGUAUUCCACUUUUCGGUAGAGACUGUGCCUGACCAUGUACUGUAUAAGCACUCAAAAUAUUUUAUAGAAGGCGUCCAAAGAAUGCUAACUAAUAAUUUGGGACUGAGAAAAGUGUGACUUAGUGUAGACGCAAUGCCAAGAGAAAGGCUUGAUGAGUUUGCAGAUGUAGUUUUAAGAAUUUUAAGCUCAGAGCAAAGCAAGUUGGAAUAUUUCAACGGAUUUCCGUUGAAAGGGCUGAUGAAUGAUACUAUAAAUACCUUGCACAUAAAUCAUAGAUAUAGAUUUUUGCAAAGCACCAAUAAAGAACUAAUUUAUGAUGGAGAUAGUAUGAUCCUCACAAUAAUGCUCUGCAAAAUAAUACCUUUUUGCCGUAAUUUAAGAUAUAUAGAUACAGGAACAAAACUCCAGAGAAAAGAUAAUAUUUUUAAUCAGAUAAAUCCUGGGAUUAUAGAUAUCGAACAGAUAAAACAGACAGCAAAUGAAGAGCAUGAGUUUGGGUUUGAAAUUUAUUAUAAAGAUGUCCCCGCUAUUAUUGGGCUAAUUUUACUCCUGACACUAAAAGGGAAUAAUAUGAUUAAGAAUCUGAAUUUGAGCCACACUGACUGCAGCUGCUUAUAUUUAGUUAUUGGAGAAAUUUUAAGUGAUAUGCCAAACCUUGUAACGGUCAUUAUUGAAGGGAUGGCUCAUAUGAUUCAUCCGAUUUCACAUAAGCUUAUGAUUGAUAUUCUCAGCAAUUCUCCAUCCCUACAUGAGCUCGUAAUUAAUGGGAUUACUUUUAAUUUACAAGAAAAUGACCAAAUUUUUACAUCACUAAUAAAGCAUCCUUCGCUGAUGAAGCUCGAGAUUUCAAGGCUUAAUGUUUCUUCGACAGUCUCGGCGUUUUCUAAUGAAGCUUCUAUAGGAGAUUUAUUAAAAAAAACUAAUUUGCAGAUACUAUACUCAUAUAUUUGUAAUAAACAUGGGGUUUUACCUUGCAAAAGCUCUUUUAUAUAUAAAAUUAGUUGAGAUUAGGAAGACUACAAUGAAUUCAGACAAAAAUAGCAUAAACCUUUCCUCAAGCAGUUUUACUCCAUUAAGUCUUGAACUACUGGCAAAUGGCUUAAAAUCUAAUAUGGCAUUAAAAGAAUUGAUAUUGGCUGAUAUUAAUUUAGCUAUCCCAAAUGAAGGACUUGCAAGCCAAACUAAUGGCGGCGAUUUCAACUUUUGGAGAAAUAAAAUUGACUGUUUAUUAGCCCUAUCUGAUGCAUUGAAAAAUAACCCAUACAUUGAAAUUGUGGAUAUUAGAUUUAAUGAUAUACCAAGCUCACAACUCUCAGUACCAAAUGAAAUAAAUCAGCUUUUCCUUGACAACUUAAAACGACUUUUAGACACAAAUUCAAGGCUGAGGGUUUUGAAUUUUAUUUUCCCAAUUCCUCCGAAUUUCUUAAUGAAAUACAGUGAAUUACUAUUAAAUUAUCUUCAGUCAAGCCCAAACUUGGAAGUUCUUAAUAAUUAUAACAUCAAAUCAAUGGUGUCGAAUGAAUUUACUGUCUUAACAAUUAAGCACUAUCAUUCAAACCGAGAUGAUUUCGACUCAUUCAUGGCUCCCAAGCUAUCUAGAGUAAGAGAAGCUAUAUAUUGCCACUAUGCUCAUUUCGGGACAAUAGCUACCAUUAUGCCAAUCAUUCUCUCACAAAUAUAUAAAGAAAAUUCCAAUAAAAUAACCAGAGUUAAGUUUCUGUCAAAAGAAGUGCAAACUAAUGUACUUUUGAAUAAGAAAAAAGGAGAAUCAAAUUUGGACCUGGGAUUUUUAUUAAAAGAAACGCAGCCACCAGAUGUUACGUUUAUAUUGAACUGCUUGUCAACACACAAGUUUACGCAGCAUCUUGAUUUCACAGGCUGUGUGCUGUGCGAUAUUGAUUUUGAAGUCCUUGGAAAAAAUCUUCCAUGCAUGGAGUCUCUUAGGUCUAUAUCAAUCCGUGAUAUAAAACCAGCCCGGAAUCCAUACCUCAGCCAUAUUUUAUCAAACACCAGCUUAACCUCUCUUGAAAUUUCUAAAGUGAAUUUUGAAAAUUUUGAUAUAAAAGACCUGCCUAUGAAUUUAAGUUCUCAUCCGUCCUUAGAAGUCUUAAAAGUGACCAAUUGUGAUUUACUCACUAAAAGCGCUAUGAUUAAAAAAUGUGAAGACUCUAGCUUUAAAGCUGUCCUUUCUGGCUUUAAAAAUAGCAAAAUCAUCCAUCUAGAUUUAAGUGGGAAUGAAAUUAGUGAUAAUGAAUUAAAAAAAAUCCUAAAAGCCGUAAAAAUGCAUCAGUUUAUCAGCAGGCUUGUAAUCCAGCAGCACGAAAUAAGAGGAAAAGAUGGAAUUGUUGAGCUGGCCUCGAUGCUAUGUGAUCCUGCACAUCCUUUAAAAGAACUAUCACUUUCUUCAUACACAUGGUCUGUAUCUGAUAUCCAAAACGCUAAAGGGAAGCUUGAUUUAUCAUAUAAGCUUCUUUCUGCUACAGACUUAAUCAUUCUUUCUACAAUGUUAAUCUGCUUGCAGCUUAAAAAAGUCCACGGGCUGGAUUUAUCCCACAACCCUUCAUUAUUUUCUGAGCCACAUGGAGUUUCAGCACUACUAGAUCUUAUCAAGCAUUCUCCAAUAAGCUCAAUAAGCCUCCAAGAGUGCUGUUUAAAUGAGCAAGAAGAUAGAAUUCUUCAUGAAAUCUUUGUAGCAGCCUGCAGCUCUUUAGAAACCUUAUCCCUUGGCUCUCCUUUUACUGAGCAGCAAUUAAACUCAAUUUUAUCAGCCCUGAAAUCUAGUCCAAAACGCCUCAAAAAAGUCAAUUUUUCGCCUUGCCGUGAUUCUAAAUUUAAAGCUCUUUUAACAGAAUAUAUAGAGCAGUCUGGCUCAAAUUGGAUUUUGAAAGGCUAUAAUUUAUGACUAAAAUAA